CAUCUUCCCGAAAAGCACAAGCGAGGUAUGGAUAGUUAAGUAUGAUGUGUAAAAUGUAGGGAAUAAAGAUAACCACAACGACCACCGGUCGUGAAUUUACAACAAGUGUGACGUCGAUCAUUGCAAAAACAAGAUGUCGCCCCCCGCGGUCAUGAGCGCAUCUCAUCUAUGCAUUGCAAAAGUAUCCUACUAGUAGAAAUCGCAUGACAAAGUUGCUCAGCAUGAAAAAUGGGAUUUGUAAUGCGGAUUUACCUUUAAUAAAAAGAUUUGUAAUACAUGACUGCAAUUGGCAACGACAAGUGCGAUACUUUUGCACCGGAUAUCAUCUUCCACAGCACAAAUCCUCCUCCUCCACCGCCCCGCCAAUUUUCCAACCACCCCCGCAGCACAUCAACCGGAAUGAGCACGUCUACCUCCGGAAGCGUUUUUUGGAGUGCUGCUACGUCCUGCGGGAAUACAAGACGAGGGGAAAGGAGGCGUUUUUCCUGCAGUGCGCGGCGAACCUGGACGCCAAGGAGCUACAGCGGCUGGUGCGGAUCCAACUCGACCACUGUCCCACCGAGGGGAAGAAUUUGUUUUUCGAGUACUUUCCGGAAGAUCGACAGGAGGAGAAGGAAGAUUGUUUGGAGUUUGUUGACUGGCUGAUUGAGAUCGGGGAAGAAGAACAUGAGGCGAACUUGAAAAAACAACAGGAAAAUAGUAAGCGGACGAAUCAAGUUAUUGCGUCGUCGAAAACUACUACAACAACUGCACAACAAGAAGCUACGUCAACAUCGGAACAACAACCGAUAGACAGGCGAAAUAAGAAAAAGAAAUCUUCGCCUACGUCGGAAAAGGAGAAAGAAGCGGAGCUGUUUAAACAAGACGGGUCCCCCUCCCCCAAGAAAAUUCACGCCAUGGUGUCGCAGUCGAAACGUGAGGAAAGGGAGGGGAUGCGCAAUCACCUGGGGAUCUUGCGGAAGCCGAUCGACUAUCCACUGCAAUAAAUAUGUCUGGGUCCUCUGAAAGACUGUAAACUUGUCAUGCAGGGCUUCCAUGACCCCUGAGGUCUGGAAUGCGGGACCUAGCGUGACAGACUCUGCGAGGUCUCUUCCAUGCCUACCCUGCAUGAGAAACUCCCCCCCAAGUUGAUCGAACGUGGACAGCUUUUGGUACUCAUGCAACACAGAUUUUUGCAUGAUUCGGAUUUAGCAUGACAAGUUGCAAUCUUCGAGACCCAGACAUAGUUGCAAUCCAUAUCGACAUGGAUGCGCAUCUGAAGGAGUACCACCCACCAUUGCUGAAGCACCUCUCCACCCCGGAGCGUGAGGCCAAACUGAAGCACAAGCCGAAGGUUUUGAGUUUUACCGAACUGGAAAUGCGGGUCGAAUUGGAUAACAUCGAAUUAGAGAAGAAACUCGCGGAAAAACACGAGAAGAAGCAAAGAUUGAUGGACCAAUUGACCAGGGUGACGCAAGAAGACGUCUUAGCGGUAUUCAUUUUUCGAUCAACACUCUCGAUUUUUUCCAGAAGGCAUGCAGAUUUUCAUUUCGGCAAAAAGCACUGCACGUGAAGAUUUAAAAGAGGACUACAGCAUGAGAAAGGACAAAUUUGACUUUGAUUUUAUACAAGUGCGCGGCAACUCCAACUGCUUACGCAUCCUCUACCCAACUACCAUCAGACCGCCGCCCGUCUGGAAGCGCGCAAGCAAAAAGCCCGGGACCAAAUGACUAAACUGCGGCAACAAAGGGAGGAGAUGCAGUUUAUUCAUCGCAAAACCAUCGUACUAAGUAGUAUGCAAGAAUUGCAUAACAAAUUUGCGCAGCAUGAGAAAUGGAAUCUGUAAUGCUAAAUCAGUAUACGGAAAUCAGAUCUGUCAUGCAUACUUGCAAUUGCACGUACGAGCGCAAUGCUUUUGCGCAGAAUACAGUUGAAGCGGGAACAGGACUACGAAGACAAGAUCGAAACCGCGCAAAACCGAAACGCGCAUAUGCAUUGCAAAUAUCGAUCUGGUUCUGGAUUUGUGAUGCAAAAUUUGAAGGACAGCGAGGAUUUGUGAUGCAUAAAUACGCUGGACCAGUUUGUUUGUCAUGCUGUGAAACUCAGUUUGUCAUGCAAAGUUCGGUAGAAUAAAGCGCAAAACCACACAACAAAUUUGUGAUGCGUGGAUGCCAUACAGAAGAUCGCCCUGAUGUUAUGCAACACUCAGCUACACAAAUUCGCUAUCGCUGCGUCGAUCCAGACCCCGACAUAUUUGCAGUUGAUAGCGCAGUGUCUAAAGCAGAAACACGACGCGGCACGGAAUCAAUUGGACCGUUGGCGGGAACGGAGCUUGAAAGCGAUGGCGAUGAGGAAAAGUAAUUCAGAUUCAAAAUAACAGUUGUCAACUUGAACUUUUCUUGCGUUCCGUUGUUUCUUUCACAAACCGGCGCGCAAUUCCUUCACUGCACAUGUUCUGUACAGGUUCUUUGGCAGCUCCGCAAUAAAAAUCAACAAAUAAGUAAUAUUAAAUUUUUGAUUAAUAUCAGGCGGCCUCCACGCGUCGAGCCAGCCAGAUGUCAGUGCGGCCCCCCCACCCCCAGCACCCCCAAAGCAUACGGAGAGGAAAAAACGCAACCUGCUUUCUUCCAAACAGAAGUCGCAGAAUGCCGAAACUCAGCUUGCGACAAGGAUCCGGAAGUUGCAGAAUCCCCGACCGGGCUCCGCGCCGGAAUACCCCGAUCCGGUGUUUCCCGAGUCCCUGCUGCAGGUGGGCGAUGUGCGGGCGUUGGUUUCAAAUAACGCGAAUUCCAUAUCAAAUGCAAAAAUGUCUGGGUCUGUUGAGGGUGCAACUUGUCAUGCUAAAUCUGAAUCUUACAAAAGUCUGUGUUGCAUGAGUGCCAAGAGCUGUCCACUUUCGAGCACGUUGGGAGGGAGUUUCUCAUGCAGGAUAGGUAUGGCAGAUGAGACCUCACAGAGUCUGUCAUGCUAGGUCCCGCAUUCCAGACCUCUUGGGUCAUAGAAAACCUGCAUGACAAUUUUACACUCUUCCAGACCCAGACAUUUUUGCAUUUGAUAUUCCAGUAAGAGCAUCAAGGAUCUGUUGCUGUAUCAGCAAGAGAGACUGGUUUGCAGUAAAGCCGGGAUCCACGUGGCGCAUCCGAAAUGAGAGAUUGAUAGCCCUGCGCGAUGUUAACAUAUAAUCCAACUUCAGCAGCGUGGUCACUCCGGUUUGAUGGAAACAAAUAAAACCGUUCUUGUUGCAGUAGCAAUCUAUCAGCACAGAGCACCUGAUUUCUGGUUUAUCUCUGCAUUUUCUGUUUUUGCUAU